AUGGCCAACAGUGAUAUUUCAUUCGCUAAUCUACCAAUUCCCACGAAGAAAAAAUGGAGCAAAUGGAGUACACAGAUGCGAGUCCUAUUCAGAUACCAAGAUGUGCAUGAGGUGGUUGACGGUGAUCAUCAAGAAUUUCCUGUGGGUGAAGUUGAUGAUCAGAAGGCCAAGGAGAGAAAGAAAGACAAUAAAAAGUUGUUCAUUAUUCACCAAUGUGUAGACGAUGCUCACUUUGAAAAAAUCCAGCAUGCAAAGACUGCGAGAGAAGCUUGGAGUAUCUUGAUCAGGUGUCAUACUAGAGGAGAAAAGAUCAAGAAGGUCAAGUUGCAGACAUUAAGGAGGCAGUAUGAGUUGAUGCAGAUGAUGGAGGGUGAUAGAGUUAGAGAGUACUUUGAUAAAGUGAUUGCCAUCACCAAUCAAAUGAAGGGAUGUGGAGAAGUCAUCACAGACUUAAUGGUCAUUAAAAAGAUCAUGAGGUCUUUGCCUCAGAAAUUCAAUUACAUAGUUGUGGCUAUAGAAGAAUCAAGAGAGCUGGAUAAGAUGAAGAUAGAAGAAUUGGAUGUGGAUGCAAAUACAUUGCCAGCAGUUAAAAAAUCAUCGUCCAGAAGAGGAUCUGCAGCUUCUCAAAGUAAAGGCGUUGGAGAACUUGUGAUAGUGAAUGAUGAGAAGGGCGUGUUUGGAUUGCCAGAUUUGAUGAGGGCAGCAGCAGAAGUUCUGGGAAACGGUAGCUUUGGAUCUUCUUACAAAGCCGUCAUGGCUAAUGGAGUGGCAGUGGUGGUGAAAAGGACCAGAGAGAUGAAUGUUUUGGAAAAAGAUGGUUUUGAUGCAGAGAUGAGGAAGCUCACUUCGCUUAAACACUGGAAUAUAUUGACCCCUUUAGCUUAUCAUUUCAGAAAGGAUGAGAAACUAGUGAUCUCUGAGUAUGUUCCCAAAGGCAGUCUACUGUUUUCACUUCAUGGUGACAGAGGAUCAUCGCAUACUGAGCUGGAUUGGCCUGCACGUAUGAAGGUUGUAGGUGGAAUUGCGGAAGGGAUGAAUUAUCUUCACAAAGAACUUGGUUCCUCAGAUCUCCCACAUGGGAAUCUCAAGUCCAGCAACGUUCUACUGGGACCAGACAAUGAACCACUGCUUGUAGAUUACGGAUUCAGCGGCAUGGUUAACCCUUCAAGUGCUGCACAGACACUAUUUGCUUACAAGGCACCAGAGGCAGCAGAAAACGGGGAAAUUUCACAUAGCUGUGAUGUUUACUGUCUCGGGGUUGUGAUACUUGAGAUACUCACUGGGAAAUUUCCUUCACAAUAUCUUAGCACUGGGAAAGGUGGAACUGAUGUGGUGCAAUGGGUUGAAACAGCAAUCUCAGAGGGCAGGGUGGCUGAAGUGGUUGAUCCAGAAAUUGCAAACUCUAGAAAAUCGGUAGGUGAGAUGGAGCAACUCCUGCACAUCGGUGCUGCUUGCACGAGAAGCAACCCUCUGCAACGGUUAGGCAUGGAGGAAGCCUUUAGAAGGAUAGAUCAGGUAAGAUCCGAGAGUGGCCUUGUCAAAGGAUCAAGAACGACAGAGGUGUUGCCAUCUUUGGUAGAUGACUAUGAAGAUGCACAAGAAUUUGAGAGCCAAGGGCAUUUUGACAACUCACACAGAAGACAUGGAACAGAUAGCUUCGGAAGUGUGGAUAAUAUUGAACUUGGCAGCUCCUAG